UCGUGGCGCUGCUUGGAGAGGAAGUUGCGGCUCGAUGCGUUUGGGAAGAAAAAAAAGACAGAAGCGAGAUUUAUUUGUCUGCAAUGACAACUGAACACAGCGACAAUGGAGAAAAGUCAGAGACCGCGGACCAGAUGCUGAUCAACCAGCUGAAGGAGGUCACUGGCAUCCAGGAGCCGCAGCUUCUGUAUCAAGCCUUGAAUGCCAGUCAGGGCGACAUCGGUCUUGCUGUCGGCUUGCUGACAACCCAGCCUGCAGAGGUUCAGGAGCCUGGAGAAACAUCAGAGGCAGACAAAAAAGGAGAGACCUGGGAGGGCCAAAAAGGAGUUUGUAAAGAUGAACUGCAGACUGCCAUUGAACUCAGCCUCCAGGAAUCCCGCAAUGCAGAGGAAGAGGAAAGACAGUUUAACAGGGCUCUGGAGGCUAGUGCAAAGGAGAACACAUCCAGAAUGAAGAGAAAGAGAUGUGAGGCUCAGAGUGAAAUGUGUAGUCCUACAGACUGGAUUCGUCAGGAAGACUGGCCUGUGGGCAUCCGCAACGUAGGAAACACCUGCUGGUUUAGUGCUGUCAUCCAGUCCCUGUUUCAUCUUCCUGUGUUCAGGAGACUGGUCCUCAACUACCAUCUCUCUGAAAAAGUUCUGGAGAAGUGCAAGAGCCAUGCAGACAAGAGGAACAUAGCUUUCAUGCAGGAGCUGGCCUGUCUAUUUGCCCUGAUGGCGGGAUCCAUCCGCAGGUUUGUGGAUCCCUCUGCUGCAGUGGAGUUAUUGCGAGAUGCCUUCAGGACUAGUGAGGCCCAGCAGGACGUCAGCGAGUUCACCCACAAACUGCUUGAUUGGCUCGAGGAUGCGUUUCAGCUGGCUGCCUGUGGAAAAAAUUCUGAAGACAAACUAUCGAACCCAAUGGUUCAGCUCUUCUAUGGUACCUUUGUGACAGAGAGAAGACAUGAGGGUAAAACACUGUGUAAUACAGAGCAGUUUGGUCAGUACCCGUUACAAGUCAAUGGUUUCAGCAACCUGGAUGAAUGUCUUGAGGGUGCUAUGGUUGAGAAGGAGAUUGAGUCUGUACAUUCAGAUAACACUGUUACAGCUGGCCGUGAGAGAUGGUUCAAAAAAUUGCCACCUGUCUUGACAUUUGAACUGUCUAGAUUUGAGUUCAACAUUCAGCUCGGGCGUCCUGAGAAAAUACACAAGAAACUGGAGUUCCCACAAAUUAUUUAUAUGGACAGAUACCUUCACAAAAACAUAGAACAGACCCAUGAGAGGAGAGGGGAAGUGAAAAAACUGAAAGAGCAGCUUGCUAUCCUUCAGCAAAAGCUUGAGUGCUACAAAAAUUAUGGUUCAGGACCUACCAAGUAUCCUCUGGCUGACAUGUUGCAGUUUGUGAUGGAAUUUGCUACCACGAAGCCAACAAGUGUUUCUCCUGCAGAGGACCUGAGAGCUGCUGUAUCCUCACCCACUCCUGCCAGCAGCCCUCUCAGUGAACCCAGCUCAAAAGAGAACAGUGAAGCUCGAGGGGCAGAUUCAUCUGAGGACCUGGUGUCAAGUGUUUCCAGUUGUCAGAAGACCCCUAUUUAUAAGCCUUUCACCCAGUGCAGACCCCCUGUUGAUCUCCCGCCACACCCUGCACCACACAACAUCACUGAAGAAGAGCUGCAUUUUGUGAAGACAUGCCUACAGCGAUGGAGGACUGAGGUGGAGAACGACAUAAAUGAGUUAAAGUCCAGCAUUGACAGACUCAGUCAAACUCUUGAAAGCAUGUAUUCAGACAACAGCCUCUGUCAGGUUCCCUACAGGCUCCAUGCAGUGCUAGUCCAUGAAGGCCAGGCAUCAGCAGGUCAUUACUGGGCCUAUAUUUAUGACCACACCGACCAGCGCUGGAUGAAGUACAAUGACAUAACCAUCACUGAGUCAUCUUGGGAGGAGCUGGAGCAAGACUCAUUUGGCGGCAUGACCAAUGCCAGUGCCUACUGUUUGAUGUAUAUUGAUGACAGGUUACCAUACCUCAUUACAGAAGACACAGACGAUGAAACAGGCCAGGUCCUGCAUGGGAUGGACUCCCUGCCUCCCAUCCUAAGGCGUUAUGUCCACGAGGACAACUGUUGGUUCCAACAAGAGCUCAGUGAAUGGGAAGAACAGCUUUGCCAGACAGCAAUCCCUCAAGGCGAGACAACAGCGUCUACUGAACCCUCAAACCCCAGUCCAGCAGAUCCACAGCAACCAGAUGAACCAGAACCACAGUCAGGAUCCUCCACAGAAAAGUUGGCUCAGGAAGAUCCUUCAGAUCCUCCAGAUCCUCAACCAGACCCAGAAACACAGAACGAGCCAGAGGCAGAUACAAUGCAGAAGCCUGAAGAAGAGCAGUCAGAGUUGGAGUCUCCGGCACCACUGAGCCCAGACUGUCAGCCAGAUGAUAGCAACACAGCAGUCCCCGAAGUCCUGGAGCCCAGCCAGACCCCAUCAUCAGUCGAGGAGGAGCCGCAGUGUGAGCCUCCUGAAUGUGUCUCACAGGCUGCUGGUCCUACAGCAGAGGCUGACCACCUGCCACCAUCUGACCUCCACGAUGAAGACAAAAUGGAAGUGGCAGCUGCUGAAUGUGUUCCGGAGACGUCCACAGAGAGUCCUGAACAUAACGCAGAGCAGCAAGAGGAAGAGCACGAGGCAGUCCCCGUUCCACAGCGACAGGCGGAGAACGAGGUUUCAGAAGUGGUAAUCCCCAACGUGGGCAGGAUCAUGGUGAGGGCUGAUGCUGAUGGAUAUAAUGAAGAAAUGAUGCUAACUCCAGCAAUGCAAGGCAUCAUUCUGGCCAUAGCCAAAGCCAGACAAACAUUUGACAAGGAUGGACCCGAGGCUGGCCUCAUCAAGGCGUUCCAUGAGGAAUACUCUCGAUUGUAUGAGCUCUCCCAGGAAGAGACCACGCUCCAGGAGGAUGCUCGCCUGCAACACGCUCUGGUCUACUUCUUCCAGAACAAGGCCCCUAAACGUGUCAUAGAGAGGGCACUGCUGGAGCAGUUUACAGACCGGAACCUGAGCUUUGAUGAAAGGGGCAUCAGUAUCAUGAGGGAAGCCAGAGCCAAGCUGCGUCUCAUAAAGCCAGAGGACAUGGACAUGGAGGAGUACACGCAGUGGCAUGAGGACUACAGACUGUUCAGGACUGUCUUUGUCUACAUGCUGAGCGGACUGGAGCACUACCAGCAUGGAAAGAUGCGGGAGGCGUUAAACUAUCUGGCGCAUGCUUAUGAGACCAACGCCGCCCUGCUGAGGAACGGAGAGAAACGUGGUGUGGACAAAUCCCUGAUUGCAUUUUACAGGAGGAAGUGCCUCACGGCGCUGAAUGAAAGUGCAUCACGGCUAUUUUGCAGCGGUGAGGACGGGAAGGUGGAGGAGAGCAUCUCUAUCAUGGACGAGUCCAUCAUUCCGUGCCUCCAUCUGAUGAGCCGUAACCCAGUUUCAGACCAGGAAGACUGUGACGCCAUGGAAACCAUCCGCAGCCACUGGUGCUGCUGCCUGAGCCAGGAUAUGGAUGACUCCUUGCAGGUGAAGCUGGGUGAGUUCCUGCCCAGAGUCCUGGACUGUUCAGCAGAGACGGUAGUGCUUAAAGACCCGCCUAAAGUCCACGUCAGCCUGGCCCACGACCUCUGCAGUCGCCUGGCUGCUGUCAUUGAAUCUAUCCACAACACCUCCAUUGUCACAGUGAAGUAAAGUCCUGGAUGAGGAAGGACACCAAACCCUCAACAACCUCCUCAAAGCAAACACUGUGACUGAGAGCGCUGCAGCCUCUGGAGGCUUACGUGCUGUUCCACUGGAAAUUAUGUUUUUGAACCACUCGCCAUUAUUACCAUGUUCAGGGGAGGGUCUAUCACUGCAUGCACAGCUGGUCAUAAAAAAGUCAAAAGAAUUCAUCAGUAACAGAAACUGCUGGUAAAAUGUCUUCACACUUUCUGUAUGCGGUAUGACAAAAUAUCAAACAUAUGACAAUAUUGUACUUCCUGUUUCUCGUCUCAAUGACGUGGCUGCUUUUUUUUGUACCAUUCACACCCAACCCAAUAACCAACUGUUAAAAAGCGCAUUUCCAUUACAAAUUGCACAAUUUGUAGUAAAGAAUUGAAAAUACACUUAAUAGAAGCAUGUGAACUUUGAAAAAGUAAAAUAAAACAUCACAAAAACAUUUUUACACUUGCAUGAAGUGGUUUUUCUGGCGAUUUGUAAAAGCCUAAUUUCACUAAACUAAUGGAAUCACUUUUGUGGCAACUACAGGUCACGUGACCCUCUAAAAUGGAUGGGACAGUACAUGGGGAUGAAAUUAAGAGAUACAUGUUAUGUAUCUCAACACGACAUUGGGCAAUGUAAGACAUGACAUUGUUGCAGUAUUGGAUAAAAUAAAUAAAUAAAAGACCAAUAUUGAGCAGAAUUUACUGAUGCAUUACCAUGAAUUUUGGAAUUACAUAAAAAAUAUGCAAGAAGAUAAAACCUAGCCAUGGCAUGCAAUCACAGUGAAAUUUUUUUUCUUUCCUGAAAAAAAUCACUAAACAUUUGAGCAAAUCUGUAAUGGAAACCCAGCUAAAGUCACUAUGUAAAAGAACACGAAACUACAGCUGCAUCUUUUUUUUUUCUUAGUGUUUUUGUGAGUUGGAAUUAGAGCCUAAUCGAUAAGAACCUUUUACAAACAUAUCGGUAUCUGCAUUAUUUUUGCAGAUAUGAAAAUGUUUAUUAUACUGAAUAAACAAUCCAGAAAAACUCUGGAAAUGGUGUCAUUAUGCAAUUUUACCAGACAGCAUUGUUUAGAAUGCUGUCAAGCAUGGCUAGGACUGCCAUCGCCCCUUGGUCACAUUAGCUACGGUCAAACUAUUCAAGAAGUCAGUUUUCUGCCAAUGCUGAGCAACGCAACCCCGAUCCGGGGGACAGCAAUAUUACGGCAGCUUGACAUGCACUGAUUGGUAGAUGAAGUUAUUUAGAAUAAAUUUCAUGUUUAAACUGUAAAACAUCAAACCUCAAUAAUAUUUCUGUCAUAAGGGUUUGAUCAUGAAAUGGUAGGAAUCAUUGCCGUUUUCUGUGAAUAUAUCAGCAGAUAUAUCAGUAUCAUGAUUUUUUUUUUUUUCCUUCAAUAUUCAGAUCAAUAUUGGCCUCCAAAAAAAAUCCAUAGAGGUUCAGGCUUCAGUUGAAAUGUUUAAAAAAACAUGUAUGUACCUUUACGACACAUAUGCAGCUGAACAUCAGAUGUAUUAUUUAAUUGGACUUUUUCAGCUCUUCUAUGUUUUAUGUUCAGAGUCCUGACAUGCAUGUGCAGGGGCCUGUGGCUUUAGAUUAUGUGAAGGUUUUUUUUUUUUUUUUGUUGUUGUUGUUGUUUGUUUUUUCUUGACUGACUGUGAAGGUAAAUGUAACCAGCAUCGUGUGGAAGACGUGUAUCAGUCAUUCUGUUUGGCACCGUGUGAAAUCUAACAGGUUUUUUUUCUACCCGUCUUGUCUUCACACUGACCAGUUUCAUGCUGUUUUUCACGACGGGAAAGUGUGUACUUUCUCAUGAGUUGAUUGUCUGAAGUGCUGGGGUCCUGGUCCUGAUUCAGGGCUGAACACUACGUCUGUGUUGCACAGGAACAAAUACUGUUCACUAUUUAGCAAUGAAACAUUUUUUAUCAUGUGUUUGCGGCGACUGUACGUUAGCUGGGAGAGCAGGUCCACGUGUUGGAUCUUGGGUCUGGCUGAGUGUUUUAAGUGUGCCUGGGCAAGUCACUUGACUACAAAUCUGCUCAUUCUUGGGGUGCGUAUAAAAAUAAACUCCACAUGAAUGUGGAGGAAGAGAUGUUAAGAAAGAAGACUAAUAUAGCACUUUUCUAAAGACUCAAAACACUUUACAAAACACUGAAAUAAAGAUCUGUUUUGUAGGA